AUUUAGUAAUCAAUAAAUUGGCACCAAAAAAAUAUAUUGACAAUUCUGUGAAUGGUCAUGUGCAAGUUUUAAAUUGACACAAUACCUGUUAGAAAAGGCGUCAGCUAGAGAUGUCUACUUUAAUACUAAUUAGCAUUUUUGAAUCUGAGAGUAAAUAGAGACGAAUAUAUUGAUAAGAGUCACCUUGUCCGAGAGAGUUAUCAAAACAUCAUGCCAGGGUAAGCCUACGCCCCUAUUUUAAGUGUUUCUGAAGUCCCUUAUGGGAAAAAUUAAUGGUGGAAAUACAAUUGGAACUGUUUCCCUGUUUGACCGCUGGGUAUUAUGAAACCUCCACUGUGGGGCUCUAUAUCUUGUGAGCCCCGAUUAUUUAGUUGUCAGGAAAUGUCAAAUUAUUAAAUUACAUACGAUAAAUGCACUGAGGAAUAAACCAACCCUUCCCAAGGUGCCCACUCUCCAGGAUGGACUUUCCCUGGCACAGUGGCAAGGUUUUGGAACAGCUCAAUCACCAGCGUCAGCUGGGCCUGCUUUGUGACUGUACCUUUGUGGUGGAUGGGGAGGACUUUAAGGCCCACAAGGCUGUGUUGGCUGCCUGCAGCGCCUACUUCCGCACCCUCUUCCUGGACCAGAAGGAUGUGGUGCACCUGGAUAUUAGCAACGCAGCAGGUCUGGGCCAAGUCCUUGAGUUCAUGUACACGGCCAAGCUGAGUCUGAGUCCUCAGAAUGUGGAGGAUGUGGUGGCGGUAGCCACGUUCCUGCAGAUGCAGGAGAUAGUCAAUGCCUGUUCUGCCUACCAGUCUCUGGCAGUCUCCACAUCCCAGACAACACAAUACUUAAUUGACCACAAGAUUGAGGAAGGAGAGCAAAACACGGAGAAGGAGCCGUCAGAGACACGGUCACAUGAUGAGGAAAUCCCAAACCCCUCAGCAGAGGAUGAAGGGCCAAAGGGCUUUCAGGAGGACCCGAAGGAGACCACCCUGGACGAUGGCCAGAUUUCCAGAAAAGCCCCAGACAAACAGACCCCGGGGAGAGGAAGACCCCCCAAAACCUCCACCUACGCCACACAGAGAAAAGCUGCAGCUGAAAGUGAGGAGGUGGAGAGCACCGCCAAAGAUGUGCCUGAGUUUCAGGAUGACCCCUCGGAUGCGGACUACACGCCCAAGUUGCCAUUCAAGUCUGCAGCCUGUAGGUCUUACAUGAGCACCAGGAGAAGAAGGACACGGAGAGCUCCUCGACGCAACCUCUCACAGGAUAAUGACUCCAAUGAGGGGAGUAGCGCACCAAAGACAGUAAAUGAAGAGAAAAAAGAGGUGGAGGAGGGCGAGCUGGAGGAGGACGAAGAGGAGGGAGGUGGUGAAGAAGAAGAAGAAGUAGAAGAGCAGGAGGAUGAAGGAGAUGAAGGAGAUGACGGCCAGGGGACAGAGAGCGGAGAGGAGAGGAAGCAGCUACGGUUGGGUGCUGUCACCGACCGCACCGAGUCACGGUCCUACGGCUCUGUGACUCACAAGUGUGAGGACUGUGGAAAGAAGUUCACCCACACGGGGAACUUCAAGAGACACAUUCGCAUUCACACAGGAGAGAAACCUUUCAGCUGCCGUGACUGCCACAAGGCCUUCUCAGACCCGGCUGCCUGCAAGGCUCACGAGAAAACACACAGCCCCCUGAAACCUUACUGCUGCUCCUCAUGUGGGAAGAGCUACCGGCAGAUCAGCCUGCUCAACUUGCACCGGAAGCGUCACACGGGCGAGGCCCGAUACAGUUGCAGAGACUGUGGCAAGCUCUUCACCACGUCUGGCAACCUGAAGCGCCACAUGCUGGUGCACAGCGGCGAGAAGCCGUACCACUGCGACUACUGCGACCGGGCCUUCUCCGACCCCACUGCCAAGAUGCGCCACCUGGAGACCCAUGAUGCCGACAAGGGCCACAGGUGUCCGCACUGCGACAAGCGGUUUAACCAGACUGGGAAUCUAAAGGCUCACCUGAAGAUCCACAUCACAGACGGCCCUCUGAAGUGUAAAGAGUGUGGCAAACAGUUCACCACCUCGGGGAAUUUGAAGAGACACCUGCGUGUUCACAGUGGGGAGAAGCCCUAUAUCUGUAUGCACUGCCAGAGAGCUUUCUCUGACCCCGGGGCGCUACAGAGACACGAGCGCAUACACACAGGGGAGAAGCCGUGUCUGUGUCUGAUCUGUGGGAAGGGGUUCACCCAGGCCAGUUCACUCAUUGCUCAUGUCCGCCAGCACACCGGAGAAAAGCCCUAUGUCUGCGACCGCUGUGGCAAAAGGUUUGUCCAGUCCAGUCAGCUGGCCAAUCACAUCCGUCACCAUGAUAACAUCCGGCCACACAAGUGUCACAUCUGCAACAAGGCGUUUGUCAACGUUGGGGAUCUCUCCAAGCAUAUCAUCAUUCACACAGGAGAGAAGCCCUUCCUAUGUGACAAGUGCGGCCGCGGGUUCAACCGCGUUGACAACCUGCGCUCCCACGUCAAGACCGUCCACCAGGGUAAGGCCGGGAUGAAGCGCCUGGUGGUUGCCGGGGGCGACAGCGACGACGGGGGUGACGGGUUUCACGGUGGGUCGGCCUCAGAGAUGGACGACAACGAGAUCAACAUCGUCACCGUCACCACUGAGGACAUCGUCACCCUGGCGACAGGGGCCCUGGCUGGCAGCUCUGUGGCCCAGCUGACAGUGGUGCCUGUGGCUUCAUCGGUCUCAGCAGACGAGACGGAGGCUCUAAAAGCAGAGAUCACCAAGGCUGUGGAGAAGGUGCAGGAAGCAGACCCCAACACUCAGAUCCUGUAUGCGUGCGACUCGUGCGGUGACAAGUUCCUGGAUGCCAGUUCGCUGGCCCAACACGUGCGAAUCCACACGGCCCAGGCCCUGGUCAUGUUCCAGGCUGACUCGGACUUCUACCAGCAGUACGCCGCUGCUGCAGGAGCCACCGCCGUGGGGGAAGUUGUUACCACAACCUGGCAACCCACCUCCGAGCAGGUCAUCCAGGGAGGGGAGCUCGUCUUCCACACCCGUGAGGCCGAGGAGGAGGAGGGGGGAGAGGUGGUGGCCCAAGCUGACUCCCAGCCGGAGGGGAAAGAUGAGGCUGGAACAGAGGGAGAAGAGAUGGAGUGUGAGGCUUAGGGAAGAAAAGUACAUAGAAGAACUGAUUAUAUCUGGUGUGCAAUGACACCCCAAGUUACAGUGCGUUGAGUGAGUAUUUAGUCAUAAUUUUUGACAAUUUCCUGCCCUGUGUGGGAAAAGGAAAGUAAGAUUUCUAAUCACGAGUUUACAUAAUCGUCGCAAUUGUAAAUGAGAACUUGUUCUCAACUUGCCUACCUGGUUAAAUAAAGGUAAAAUAAAUAAAUAAAAUAAUCAUUAAUAGAGAUUUAUAGAGAUUUAGCAAAGCAUUGUCAGCCUCUUCUGACAUAAGUUCCCCUAAUUCUAGAAUCUCUUUAGACGAUAGCAGUAGUAUGUAACAUGCUAUAGUCAAUUUUGCACUGUAUGUUUAAAAUGUAUAUUAUAAAAUAUAGAAAUGGGCUAUUCAUUUAGAAAAUCGUCAUGCGGUAUAUCACAGGGCAGGAAGGUCAGUUGAUACAUCACACCACUUUUGUUUUUCUUCUCCCUGACAGUAAAAAACAGAUAGGUAGUAAAAUAUUGCCUACAGAUUCCUGCCUUGUUUUACUGAGAUAGUGUAAAUGUUCCUCUCUUAGUUUAGGUAUUUUAGUAUACUUCAUUGAAGUAUUUUCAUUAAAAGCACAAGUGUACAUAAACGAUUGAUAGACUACUUUGUGUAGUGCUACUAGCAUUUUGAGUGAGAAGGACUUGCUAGAAAUGUUGUUUCUCUUUCACAUUGCACGUCCAUGGUCAACAGGCAAACAAUGUAAAUGCUGUGCACGUUGACGUUUGUUCUAUUUCCUACUAACCUAUUAUAAUUACUCUUUAUGGAGAUAACUGAAAUCACUUCCUAUUGGUGGGAUCCAUAUGAGAAAUGACAAGUUGUGGAUUAAUUCCACAAGUUGACAAGAUUAUUUUCCAAUUGAUCCCUGUGUAAAUCAUGAAACAGCCCUUGACUGUCAUUCCUCAAUGAUUUGUAGCACUGACUUGGCAGGUAUUAAGAAGUCAUUAACUGUAUGUAUGCUAGCCUAUAUUAGCAUAAAAAUAUGUUUCCUUGAAAAAGCUUAGUUUAAUGGCAGCAGGAACACCUAACAUUGCAUACCAAUGUGUGUAGAUUAUGAUUAUAUUCAGUCCUGGUUGAUACUAGGUCGUGCAAAUCUUUUUUUAGUUGAACAAUACAGAUUAUGACAUACACCUUCUGUUUUAAAUUAAAUCAAUGGCUGAUUAAAUAUGGGGGGAGGGGGAGAAUGUAUAAAAACUGAUCAAUAAAGACGGCUACAUCAAAACAGAA